AUGAAGAGAUUGUAUGAAUCCGAGAGUGAAUUAGUUUUGGAGACAUUCACUCACAAAAGGAAAAAGUAUAAGAAACGAAAGACUAAGUAUUGGCACCAGAGAUACGAUCUGUUCUCGCGUUUCGAUGAAGGAAUUCGUAUGGACUCCGAGUCCUGGUAUUCGGUGACACCGGAGCGCAUCGCCCAACACAUCGCCCAACGAUUUUCGCUCAAUAAUCACAACUACAUUAUAAUCCCCGAAAUUUGCCCCGAAAUAUAG